AUGGCGGCAACUCGGCGUAAAGUAAGUGGGCAGAGGCCACCUAUACUGCCAAUACCAGAAUCGACAACCGAAUCCCAGCCCGGUUAUGGAGAGCAUGGGGAUCAUUCCAUCUCUUUCCUGUCCGAUCUUCCGCAACUUAGUGUGGCAGCGCCAGUCGUUAAUGACAAGCGACAAAGCUCAUUGGUGAAACUGGAUAUCCCAGUGAGCACUACCGACGAAAGCUUAGGGUUUGGACUUGACCUGGAAUUUGACCGUGUUAUUGAGGCCCAAAAGGUUGCGUUUGACCAUUUUCUUUCCCAGCAGCCCCGUUACCCUACCACCUUCAUGGACACAACCAAUACGAACAUGCAACAAUCAUCUUUGUCCAAUUUGAUGCCAUCUGAAAAGAGAGAAAUUCCCUUAGAUUGUGAUAGUAUUGCUAAUAAUGUUACAACUCGACAGAGGGGCUACCUCAUGAGGCAGAAUACCAAAGUUAUUGUCGCUAGCAGCAACGCAGACGAGUCAACAGAUGCGAACGAUUCACCUGUGGAUGGCGACCCAAGAGGGACAAAAUCUGCAGGAAAUUCUCCACGCAAACCAAGCCAGCAGACCUGGACUACCGAACCAUGGAAUGGAAAAACGAGACGCCAAAGCAUCAAGCUAGCAGGUGGCAUGCCAAAGAAGAAAGCAGUUCCCGGAUCUGUUCCUCCAUUGCCAGGACAAGAGAGCAAUGCAAAGCAAGAAGACGGUGUGGACGAACACGAUAAUAUUCCAGGAGAGGAAUUUGAAGAGGGCGAUGAAAGGGGGCGACUGUUUGUCAAAGUCGUUGGAGUGAAGGAUUUGGAUUUGCCGUUAGCACGAGGUGGCCGGUCCAGUUUUGCCCUCACUCUUGAUAAUGGCCUUCACUGCGUAACAACAUCGUGGCUCGAACUUGGCAAGUCUGCUCCCAUCGGCCAAGAAUUUGAAUUGGUCGUUCUUAAUGAGCUUGAGUUCCAGUUGACCCUUCAAAUGAACAUGGAGGAACUCAAAGUUAAGCCCAGCCAACCUGUUGUGUCGUCGCCUGGAAAGCCGACAAAAUCGCACAAGACCUCCACCUUCAGUCGUGUGUUCGCAUCCCCGAAGAAACGGAAGGAGUUGGAACAAAAGCAGCAACUGGAAGCCCAGCAGCUCAAACAGCGGAAAGCCGAAGAAAAGGCUUUGGCUGAGAAAAAGAACCCAUUGGAUGCGCUGCGUCAUUUAGUUGCCAGCGAUGGGAGCUUCGCUCGUGCUUACGUGUCUCUAAGUGAUUACGAGAAAGCGGCUUUUGGAAGACCGCUGACCGUCGAUGUCACUUGCUUCAAUGAGUGGGCGACUGACCCAGUUAAUAAUUCGAAGAACAAGCGAUCAAUGGCUAAUUCCGCAGGAUCUGGCAUGCAACAACGCCCCCCAUACAAGAUUGGCAACCUGGAACUUCAGCUUCUCUAUGUCCCUAAGCCGAAGGGGGCCACGGAUGAUGAUAUGCCGAAGAGUAUGAAUGCGUGCAUUCGGGAGAUGAAAGAGGCUGAUAAUGUGGCUGCGAGAGCGUGGGAAGGAUUUUUGUCUCAACAGGGUGGUGAUUGUCCGUACUGGCGUCGACGUUACUUUAAACUUCAGGGGUCGAAGCUUACAGCGUACCACGAAACUACUCGCCAACCUAGGGCUACCAUCAAUUUGGCGAAAGCAUCCAAAUUGAUUGAUGAUAGGUCUACAUUAACCCAAAAGGAGACGCCAGGGAAAGGCGGUCGUCGACGUAAAUCAGCUUUCGCGGAGGAAGAAGAGGGCUACAUGUUUGUUGAAGAAGGGUUCCGCAUCCGGUUCGGCAACGGCGAAAUAAUUGAUUUUUACGCGGAUAGUGCCCAGGAGAAGGAAGGCUGGAUGAAAGUCCUUGCCGAUAUUGUUGGGAAGGGACAAACUGCCGGUGUCGGUGGACAGCCCAAGGCUUGGACGGAGCUUGUUCUUAAGCGGGAACGUAGCAUUGCUGCUAAAAUUAAAGCCGCUGGUCGCGGUAUGGGACAAGGUAUCGGGUCCCAUCCACCGCCGAGUCCUACGAAGGAUCAGUUUGGUCCACCGUUAGUGGGAAUGGGAACCACACCAAAACCCAAACAUCAGCAUAACCUUUCCCAACCUGAGGCCGGAAAACAUGGUUCUAGCCACCAGAGGAAAGGAUCAUUCGUCUACUAUUGA